AUGUCUGUUUCUAGUAACGGUAGACGUUUCAGUGAACAUCAUUUACACCCAAGUAUUAUUCAAGAUGUAUCCACAGAUACCCCAGGUAUUGUGGCUGCAGAAUUAGCAGCAGAAUUGGGAGUCGAAGAAGAAGGAUUAUUGAAUACUGAUGCUACGAAAAGACACAGUUAUGGUGCUAUACUUGCUGAUAUACCAGAUCAAGAUUACGAUAUUGAUGAUCCUAAUAGUGGCUAUGCAUUGCCUAAAGCUCAAUUAUACACAGUUAUCUCAAGUUUUAUUUUUGGGUUCAUUCUUGGCAGCAUUGGAUGGUACAGUGGUUACAACUUUAUUAACCAUGAUAGCUUUCAGAUUUUGUAUGCUGUGUCAAACAUCUCCCUGGAUUUGCAACUGCAUAUUUAUUUAUCUUCAGCAGCUUUUCCAACCUAUUUUUUGGGUAAGUUGGUCUGA